UUUUAUCAGUUUUCCAGCUAUUUAGCAAUUAUGCUAAACAAGUUUCGUGGGAGCCUUGUAGGGGCAUUGAUUGGAGAUUGUUUGGGAAGCUUUUACGAAGCAGAAAGUAAUGUCCCUAUCCCUUUGAAAAAGGUUGUCGAGUACACCUCGAAAACCAUCAAAACUGAAAAAGAUGGUGGUGUGAAAUAUACGGACGAUUCUGCUAUGACCAGGGCUAUUUGCCUAUCAAUUACAGAGAGCCAAGACUUUGACGACCGUAAUAUGGCUUACCACUUUACAAAGGAGUAUUUUUGCGAUUCAAAUCGUGGAUAUGGAGCUGGCGUGGUGACUGUGUUUAACAGGCUUCGCACGAUGAAGCCCGAUGCAGAUUUUACCCUUCCGGCCCGUGAACAGUUUAACGGUACGGGCUCCUAUGGUAACGGAGCCGCUAUGAGGAUUGCGCCGAUUGCUUUGUACAGCACAGAUUUGACUAUGCUUAAAGAGUAUGCAAGGCGUAGUGCACUGAUUACGCACUCUCACGUCAAAGGAGUGAAUGGAGCCAUUCUGCAAGCAUGUGCUGUUUUUGAGGCUCUACAUGUCAACCCUACCACACUAGAAAAGAACACUUUUAUUGAUAAUCUGAUAAAAACAGCAGUGGAGCUUGAAGAGAGUCAGACAGACAAUAACAGCACCAGUACAACAUCAGUUCCUUCCAAUUUCUCUUAUGUUGGGAAACUCAAUGAGAUGAAACAGCUUCUUUCCAGCUCAAAAGAUAAAAUAACACCAGAAAAAGUUGUUGAGGUCUUUGGAAAUGGGAUACGAGCAGAACAAGCUGUACCUGCUGCUAUUUUCUCCUUCUUGUUCAAUGCAGAAUCCUUUCAAGACUGUGUCAACUAUGCAAUCUCCCUUGGUGGCGACACAGAUACGAUUGCCAGCAUGGCAGGUGCUAUAAGUGGGGCAUACUUUGGACUGGAGGAUCAUAUCCCACAGCUUUGGGUAAAAAAAUGUGAGGCUGUGGAUGAAGCAGUGAAAUUUGCUGAUGAAAUUUAUAGAUUGAGGGAAUCAAAAGUGAAGAACUGAGUUUUUACUGGAUCUUUAUAUCUGCGUGAUUGCAUCAAGGUAAAUGGUCAUUUAAAGAAAAAAUAUUGUUGACUUUUUGUAACUAAAUGGAUGUUUAAGAUAAUACUGUAGAUCAUUCAACACAGCUAAACAAGGUACGACUUAUUUUAGUAGUAUAAUUUAUCUGGUUUGAUGAAUAUGAUAGCUAAUUCAGAUUUUAGAUUAGCUAAUGAUUGAAGGGGCACUGUCAUGGUAAGAACUUUGCAAUAGCUCUCCGGCCCUGACACAAUAAAUUUCAGUCAAAUUCUAGUAUUGACUUAUGAGCUUUUGGUACAUGUGGUAGACUUACAAGGAAAAGACCACAAACUGUCAAUAAACAUAGUUUUCAAUAAAAUAUUGCAUAUUAAUUUAACAAGGCAUUGACAGCUGAAAGUUCAACUGUUGGUAGACAAUUAAAAGCCUACAAUAAACAUUAACUCCAGACAUGGGCAGUACCAUGACACUGCCUCUUUAAGAUAACAGGCCUAUAUCCAAACCAGCUUUUGCUGGAUUAGACUCGCCUGCUUAAAUAUUGCUUAUAAAUAAAUAAAUAAAUAAAUAAAUAAAUAAAUAAAUAAAUAAAUAAAUAAAUAAAUAAAUAAAUAAAUAAAUAAAUAAAUAAAUAAAUAAAUAAAUAAAUAAAUAAAUAAAUAAAUAAAUAAAUAAAUAAAUAAAUAAAUAAAUUAAAAUAAAUGAAACCCUAUAAUAGCAAUAUAUCCCCCAUGAAAUUUCGUGGCAAAAAUGUUCCAGUGACUAUAUUUUCCUCCACCUGUGUUAUGUACUGUACCCAUUUGAAAAAACUUCAAUUUCAAGAGUAUAUCUGGGCAAAAGCCCUAUUUUGACAUCCUGAAAGCAAACUAAAUUGACUUUUUUACAAUGUAGAGUUCUUAUCAGGAAAAAUAAUGACAGAGGGCAUUUGAAAAUUAAAUUCCAAUUUAUUAACAGAAAUGACAGCUGUAAGAGUAAAAUAUUUGGUAAUAA